AUGAGCGACUUCGAGAAGCUGAUAAAGCUGCUCGGCCAGACCGAUGGCCGCGACAAGAUCUACAAGUUCCUCGCUGGUUUCUUCAAGAUUCUAGCGGCCGUCGCGGCUCGCAGCCAGGACUCGCGUGCCAAGGCGUACGUCACGAUCGGCAACUCCAUCGGCAGCGCCCGCUCCCUGAUGCGCAUGGGCAAGUUCGCGGGUGAUAUGCCGAAGCUGCAGAAGAUCGCCGAUGGCGUCGUGGUGAGGGGCUUCGCUGGCACGGAGUGCAGGAGGUUCAUUGAGUUCUUCCGCAUCGUCUGCAACUCUCUCUACAUCAUGGGCGAUAACGCCGCCUUCAUCGCCAAGUACAAGCUGAUCUCGGCAGACGCCAAGUGCAUUACGAAGUGCGCGAAGACCGCGCAGUUCUGGGGCUUUUUCCUCGCCGCCGUGCUGGACCUCAUCGCCCUUCGUGCUGCCCUGCAGAAGCGUGUGUGUGAUGUGGCCACGAGCAAGAAGGAAGCCAAGGCUGCCGUCAUCAACCUCACCAAGGACGCCUCAGAUGUGCUUGUGACGAUGGCCGCCGUCGGCUACCUGAAGAGCGUGUGGUGCCCAUCCCAAAUCACCGUUGGCACCCUCACUUGCGUGUCCGGCGGUGUCGCCACGUACCUCAACUGGAGCAAGAUCAAGUAG